CAGUGAAUGGAGAGCUUAAAGGCUGACAUAUGACAACACUGUGUAUUUUCCUUUGGUGAGUAAGGCCUUUAACAUGAACACCUGUCGUGUAGUCUGGUGUCUAGUGGUGUCCCUCCUACCCCUCCUAUCCCAGGCCAGGGUGACCACGUUCAGCCAGUGCCCGGCUUUCUUUGUGGACGGCCUCAGUCCCACCGUUCUGCGGGAUCAUGGCAACAACAACCGCUACCAGGAAAUAUGCCAGUGCCUCCUCGACCAGAACAACAAGCCGCAGUACUUCUACGCCACCCUGUACGACACUCAGAGCAAGAUACCCGUCUACUCAGCUUACAACCUCAGCCAUGCGGAUACCGGCCGUGAUGACCGCUGGUAUGUGGAGCCACAGCUUGACGGUGGCAAGGUGGAGUGCAUGGGUGGGCAACACCAGAUCCCCAUCGCCAACCGAGGACAGCGCCAGGCCCUGAACCGGGACUACGAUGGCAGUGGGUACGACAAGGGCCACCUGUACCCCGUCUACCACACCUCCACCCCCACCGCCAUGCUGGCCACCUCCACCCUGACCAACGCCGCCCCCCAGGACCCCACCUUCAACAGGGGGCGUUGGAGGCUCGCUGAGGAGAAGCUGGUGGAGCUGUCAAGAGACUGCCUGCAUGCCUUCGUGGUGACCGGAGUGGUGCCUGGGAACAAGGCCAUCGGCAAUGGGGUGAGAGUGGCCAAGCACUACUGGAGCGCCCUCUGCUGCAUGAAAAAGGAAGGGCGCCAGUCAUGGGCCUUCGUCGGGCCGGAUAACAACGGCCAAGUGCAGGAGCUGAGUGUGAAGGAGCUGGAUCAGAGGUUGAGCGGGGAAGGCCACUUUGACACAGAGUUCACUGUGUUUGAUGGAAGAUGUUGAGACUGAGCUAGACUAAGAGCAUGUAUGCAUUAUUUAUUUGACAUAUACAGUAUAUGAGGAAUA